AAGAGAAAGCUAUGCACAAUGUUCUUUUAGAUCUUUCGUCUUCCAUGGCGGUAAUCAAGUUCGUAGCUUCUCCGUCCUACUCGUUAUUUUCACUCAAACGGGCUCUUCACGAACCUUUCUCUUUCAGCAACUCUUAUCCUUCAUCAUCCUCGUCUCGAAUCACGAAUGCUUCUAAAAGACCGGGUAAUUUGGAAACUCAUGGGUCUGAUCGUGUCAAUUACGAGAAAAAACGGGUUGCUUUGAUCCCUUGUUCGCUCUCUUCCACCGAGAUUGUCCCUCAAAAGAAGAAACUACCCCUAAAUUUCAAAUCUUUGUUCGGUCAACGAGCUCUGUGGCGAAAGAUCUUGUUUGAUUCUACUAAAUUUAGAAGUAUCAUUCUUCUGAAUGCCAUUACAAUCGUUUAUGCUAGUAACAUUGCAGUUGUUAAAGAGGUUGAAGAGAUCAUGGAUCCUGCAGCUUUUAGUGUUGUGAGAUUUGUUGUGGCUGCGCUUCCGUUUACUCCUUUUGUUGUACGGUCUUUGAGUGAUGUGAAGACGCGUAAUUCAGGGAUUGAGUUAGGUUUCUGGGUUAGCUUAGGGUAUUUAAUGCAAGCCAUUGGUCUUCUAACAUCUGAUGCUGGGCGUGCAUCAUUUAUUUCCAUUUUCACUAUAAUUGUGGUUCCGUUGCUUGAUGGUAUGCUUGGAGCUAUAAUACCUGCACGGACGUGGUUUGGAGCUUUAAUGUCUAUCUUGGGAGUCUGGAUGCUGGAAUCUAGUGGCUCUUCUCCAUGUAUUGGUGACUUGUUCAAUUUCUUAAGCGCUGUGUUCUUCGGAGUUCAUAUGCUAAGGACAGAACAUAUCUCACGAACUACAACUAAGGACAAGUUCUUGCCCCUUCUAGGCUAUGAGACAUGUGUCGUUGCUCUCUUUUCGAUGGUGUGGUAUUUUGGUGGAACAUGGUCUACUGUCUUGCAAGAUUAUGAUCCAUCUUCCUGGACAUGGGACUCAUCUUGGGAAUGUAUGGUUGCGUUUCCAUGGAUACCUGCGCUGUACACUGGUGUUUGUCUGUGGAUAGAGAUGACUGCCAUGUGUGAUGUAUCCGCUAAAGACACCGCUGUGAUAUAUGGUUUGGAGCCUCUUUGGGGUGCGGGGUUUGCAUGGUUCAUCCUUGGUGAGAGGUGGGGCACAGCUGGUUGGAUUGGAGCCGCCCUUGUGCUAGGUGGCAGCCUAACUGUACAGUUGUUUGGCUCAUCACCGCCACCAAAAAAACCCCUAGAAGGUGAAGAGAGCAGAGAAGAAAUUGAUUGUGCAGCUGCUUCCAGAAAGCAAGGGCGCUUCUCGACCUCACCUAUAGUGGUUAUAUCGCUAAAAGACACGUCUAAACUAUUGGAGAAGUGAAACAAGACUCUUCCAGUAGUGACUUAUACAAGUCUCAAGAGGCGAGCCUUAGUGUUACCCUGAGGCUUGGAAUGUGAAUUAAUGUAAAGUUCUGUCACAGUUGUGAGAUAUAUAAUCAUCUUCAGAAGACCUAAUUUUUUGGUGGAGAUUCAGAUUCUUGGUGAUGAGUCUUGUAUGUGAAGAGAACAAAGAACCUAGUAAUAUAAGCUGGCGUAAAUGCUAAGCAUGGUACAGAUUCUAUAUCUUCCUCCAACAGACUUUACUUAUACAAGCAGAGCUACACAUAGACCAAAAGAUCAACAACAGAGAAGUGAUGGCUCAGAUUGCGAAAUCCAUGAUAGAAGUGGAGAUCAAAGUUUCAGCUGAUAAGAUAUUCCAAGCUAUCAAGGCUACUUCGCGCAGUGUACCAAAAUUAUCUCCACAGAAAAUACUUAGCGUGGAGGAACAAGUUGGUGAUGACUGUAAAGGCACCAAGAAUUGGACUUUGUCUGUUGAUGGAAAAGUAGAGAAGAUAAAAGAGAGUAGAGAUAGAUGAAGCGAACAAAUCGAUGACCGUGUUUGUGUUCGAUGGAGAUGUGAUGGACAACUACAGUAGCUUUAAGUGUAAUCUUCAGAUCAUACCAAAGCUACAUGGAAAAAGUAUAGCUAGAUGAAGCUGGGAAUAUGAGAAGCUUAACUCAGAGUCUCCAGCUCCUAACAAAUACAUGGAUUUUGCAGUCUAUCUCACUAAAGAUAUUGAAUCUAAUCUUCUCAAAACAUAGAGACUUUAGAUGUAAUAUAUAGUAUUGCUUUGUUUGAUAUUACAACGGUUUGCUUCUUUUAAGCCAUGUAUGAAUUGUUGUUUGUACGAAAACAUCGGGGAUGUGAUUUGUCGUUAUAACUAUGUGUUUAUCAUCUCA